AUGGAGACUGUUGGCGCUGCAGAGGACGUGUUUUAUGAGGAAGAGGUGAACUGCUACGACUUCGAGCCUCUGCCGACGCUGCUGGAGGAUGAGGAGAAUGUGUCCCUUGCUGAUAUUUUGUCACUGCGGGAUAGCUGUCUUAGUGAGCAAGAUAUUUGGGCAAUUUGCCUGGAGUGUUGCCAUUCUCUGAAGAGCAUUGCCCAUUCUGCAAUCUUCCAGACACUCUGCAUCACUCCUGACACUUUGGCUUUUAACACCAAUGGCAACGUAUGCUUCAUGGAACAGCUCAGUGAUGAUCCAGAGGGUGCCUUUGUUCCACCAGAAUUUGAUACUACCGGUAACACUUUUGAGGCACACAUCUAUUCUUUGGGUACAACGUUGAAAGCAGCAAUAGAAUAUAUAGUAGAACCUGAGACAGAAUCAGAAUUUGGGCAAGAUCUGCAUACUCUUCUGGAACAAAUGCAAGAAGAGAAUCCUGAAAAUAGGCCAGAUAUUGAGAGCAUUUUGUCAUUAUGUGAAGAAAAACUGAAGAUUGCUUCAUCAAGUAAUAUUUGUCGAAGCCUGUCUGCUGUUGGAAGAAGGGUUCUUUCAAUUGAAUCAUUUGGUGCUUCUCAAGAUGUCUGUGAUAACAUGUGGAAGGGAAGAAUGUGUCAGAGAAGUUUGGGAUCUAAAUUACAUUCAGAUGAAAAAAACAACAUAGCAGGUGAUUCAUCUGCAGUGGAAGAUGUGACAGCUACCUGUCAUAAGGACUCUUCUGUAGUUACUAUGGUGACUGGCAGAGAAAGUGGUUUAAAGGAAAUGCAAAUUGCUCUGGAUAAUGAGAAAACUCAACAUUCUCAACUUGCAACUCAAGCUACAAAAAGCAAAGAAGAGGACAAAUAUGCAGUGUAUACUGACAGUUUUGCUAGUGUUGCUUUGGAUAUAAAAUCAUGUGUUAUUGACCUGGAGAGAGAUGGCAUUUUUAAGAAAGGUUCUUUGAGAAAAAUUAAAACCUUUCCAAAGCUACCACUUGAACCUGCAGAUACAAAUAACUUUUUUACUUCUGUAACCAACAGUGGACCACUAGCUAGGAAAAAUCACUUGCUAACACAAGAGUCACUACCUCUAGACAAUAAUAAUGAGGUUGCUUUUUCAAAGGGAAAUCUUAACUCAUUUGCUAUUAGUAGUCCACCAAAAAUAGAACCAAAGAAUCACCAGGUUAAUGAUCUUCUUUUAGAAGCUCCGUGUGUAUGUACACAGGUGUCUGGCAUGAAUCUAGAAGAACAUAUGUCACUUAUUAAUGGUAAAAAGAUAGGUUUUGCUUCAUCUGAUUACAAAGAAGACUGUUCUGAUGCUACCUCUGAAAUGCCAAAUACAGCUGGUAUGCUAAAAGCCCCAAAUCGAUCUGUUGCUGGAGCAAAAAUGCUAGACAAUUACAUGGCGUUGGAAGACUCUUCUGAAACUUUUCAAGGGUCAAAUGAAAAUUCUUUACCACAUUUUAACAAGAUGGCUUCAGUGUUAACGACAAAACCCAGUGGGAACAGAUAUGGAUCAAACCUAAUUAGGUCUCCAGAAUUAAGCAACGGUGCAAUGAGCGCAAACAAUAAUGAAGAUAAUCUUUGUGGAGGCAGAGGGUCAGAAAUCAAAACUAAUGAGCAGUGGAUCUCUCUAAAACUCCUGUUAUCCUGGUAUGGUAAACCUCUGAAAGACUAUGAACUCUGGGCUUUAUGUCAUGAGUGUUUAUGUACUCUGCAGACUUGCAUAGAUUAUCCAGUGGUCUUAUGUUUGGACUCUGUGCUGAUUGACUGCCAUGGAAGUAUCCUCUUUGCUUCUCCAAAAGCUGAAGAAUCUUGUGAUGUAUUUUAUUUAGCUCCUGAAAUUGAAGAGGAGGAUGUGGAUACUGAGAAGGUCUGCAUUUAUGGUGUUGCUGCAGUUCUGUGGAUGGCUGCAAAACACAGUGUUCCACCGAGUCACAAACUAGCAUUGCCAAGAAAAUUAAAAAAACUUCUUCUGGAUAUGGCAAGAAAAAACCCUGAAGAAAGACCUUCUCUAGCUGAUGCAAUCAAGACAUGCAAUCAUUAUUUAUUUGAACAAGGUAUAAACAGCAAAAAUAUUUUGGCAUUGUUGAAUAAAUCUGUCUUUAAGGCUGUUGAGGAAGAAGUAAUCUCUUCUCAAGACCAUGUUGCUUUUGAGUUUAAAAACGAAAGCCAUGAAAUGGACCCUUCAGAAUCAAGUCUAGGAUUUGUGCCUAUUACCAGUGAAAGUAAACUUGUAGCAGUUAAAGGACCAGUACCAUGCCAGAUUUCUCUAAAUUGUGAGAAAGCUACGUUACCUGUUGCAUUCACCUCUCCUGCCACUCACUUUAAGCCUAUUAUUCUGCAAAAAAAUACAAAUAUAACAAAAGAGGUUCACACACCAGUUUCUGAGCAAUUCAAGAAAGAAACAAGAAAAGAAAAGCACGUUGACUACAACAAAUCAGGAUAUAUAGAAGACUCUAAAAGCUGUAGUACUGAGGACACAGAUGUUGUUGAAGCUGCACCUGAAAUACCUGAGUGUGAUUUACAAGAUCCAGGCCACUCAUCCCAGAUACCUUCAGAAGAGCAAAAGUCAGGCAAUGCAUUUACUUCCGUAGUUAUGUUACCAUCACCAUCUGUUUCCUCGCAUAUUCUACAGGAAAAGAGCGUUUUAUCUGAAGUUCCUUCAAGCUCCUUAGCUUGCCCUACAUCUCCUAAUUUUCUUCAUAUAAAUAACAUCAUUCUCAAACAGGACUCAGAGAAAAGAGUUUUGACAUUUGUGCCUGUACAUUUAGCUGUAUCAGAGCAAAUACCAAAUAAACCUCUUCGUUCAAGAAUUGCUUAUGAUUGCUAUCAUAGUUUGCCAGUGCUACUUUCAAGUACUAUUGCAAGUUAUAAAAUGAGCACGCAAGCAGAAAAUGAUGCCUCCCUUUGCAAAGUGCAAAACUGUGAGGCUACAAGCACACAGAACAAGUUUGGUAAAAAUAACUCAGUUAUUCAAACCAACUGCCAAGAAAUUGAAUGUGCUCCCAGUGUAGACAGUAUUUUCACUGAACAAGAACACACACCAUGUACCUCAGUGAAUCAAGACAAUUCUCAUCUCUUUGAUGUCCAAGUCCUGCCCCAGCAGAACAGCACAAGUGACACUUUACUACAGAAAGUGGUUCAUCUUAUACAAGAGGAGUUUGCAUUUGAUGGCUAUCUAGAGAAUGGAGUUGAAGUUUUUGAUAUGGGUAACUUCAUUUUAAACUUAAAGGAAAUUAAGUUUGAUAUGUUCUCUGACACAAUUUGUGAGAAGUUUUGUGACCUCUACUGGGAUGAAAAAUUGCUGGAGAAUCUCUAUCAGGUAGUAAAUGGAGAAAGAUCUUCACAUUUAUGCCUAACUGAGGCAGAUGAUUCAAAGUGUGGCACAGUAUUCCAAGAUCUGAAGAAAUCUGAUAGCCUUUUGGAAAGCAGUGAUCAAACACAAGGAGAAGGGGAAGCAACCUUUGAUGAGAAGGCUGAGCCUAUGAUAAAUACAUCAUUAGCUGAAAUGGAUUUUGAUGAGUCACCUUCGGAUAAUUUCAAAAAAGAAUUGAGGCUGCAGAAUACUCUCUCUGUAGAAAAAGAGGGGCAAUGUUUACAAAGCAACGGCUGUUGUAUUGGUCCAGGCUUUGCAGAAGAAAAUGUAGAGCCAGAGGAAGAAACCGUAACAAAGGUAGCUGGAAACAGCUACCUUUUGUCUCCCAAUCCAUCUGACUUUCAUAGCUGUAGUCCUGGUUGGAGCAGUGCAUUUUAUGGAGCUGAAUGUUUUGAUUCAGAAGUUCAUAGUUACAUGAAAAACCUUGGAAAGCAGAAAUCAAGUGAGUCACAAAAUAUAGAUGCUAAAAAAGUGGAACUAGAACAAUUGCUAAUGAUGGAGACAAAAAAUUACAGAAAGACCAUAAAGUUUUACCAGAAACUAUUGCAGAAAGAAAGAAGCAGCAAAGGUCCUGAAACUAAAUCUAUAUUGCUCAAAUUGAGAGGACAGCUACAGGAGAUGAAAUCAAAAGUGCAGUUUCUUGAACUGGUGAAGAAAUAUGUGCAGAUCAUGCAUGCAGAGCAGUGGGGUGUGGAAUCCUGUGUGCUGCCUACAGUCAUUCACAACGGGAGAACUGAUGCUGUGGAUGUGUCACCUACAGAUGAGUCAUCAUUGCUUCUUUACUAUAACACAGAGAAACGCGAAUGUAAUAAUCAAAAUGGAAUAAGAGUUCUGCAGGCUGGUACACCACUUGGUUUAAUGGCUUAUUUAUAUUCUAGAAAUGCGUUUUUAGAAGGUUAUGUACAGCAGUUUCUCUACACAUUUCGCUAUUUCUGCACACAAGAAGAAUUUUUGCAGUUUCUUCUUGAUAGAAUCAGCAGCACUUUAUCCAGUGCAAACCUGGAUCCUUCCACAUCACUUACCAAAAUAUGUAACCGCAGUUUCUACAUCCUGCAGGCUUGGAUUGAAGACUGCUACAGUGUGGACUUUGCAACAAAUACUGAUCUUUUGUGUACCCUAAAAGAAUUUAUUUCUUCCAAGGUUGCUCCAUUAAAUGGCUAUGGUGAGCGCUUGUUGUCGUUGCUUGAGGAUGCUUCUGCCAGGAAAAGUGGCAGUGCUCAUCACUGCUUCAGCAUGGACAAAUGCGAAGAGGAGGGCGAGGAGGACAGAAAAACAUUACAUUCUCUAUGUAAAAAGCUCUCAGAAGAUGUUUCCAGAAAGAACUUUAACUGGAAACUUUCCAAAGGUAUGGGACCAAUUGCACAAUACCAGAGGGAGCGACCGUACACUAUUUCAUCAGUUUUGCCAAAGCCAUGCUAUAACAGUUUUACAGAAGAAUUCCCAGUCUCCUUUGCUCAAGCAGAUGAAGUGGGACCAUAUCUCUUAAUAGAAUACAGUGCACAACAGCUUUGUUGUCAGCUGACGUUACUGCAACAGGAAGUAUUUCAUAAAUGUCAUCCAGUACACUUUCUAAAUUCAAGAGCACUUGGUGUUAAAGACAAAAGUGUUGCUGUCCAAAAAGCUGUUUCUACUGAGACAGUUUCAGUUAAAGUCUGUAAUCUGUUUCUGUCGAAGUGCAUGCAAGACCAGUACCUUCUACAAUUAUUAAGAAAUGCAGACAGUAUCGGCACCUGGGUUGCUUCUGAAAUUGUAACAUGUCACACGUCUAAGCUGCAGGUGAGCUUGUUAUCAAAAUUUCUUCUUAUAGCAAAAUGCUGCUAUGAACAAAGAAAUUUUGCUACUGCGAUGCAAAUCCUAGCAGGCUUGGAAAAUCUUAUUGUACGACAAUUACCAGCCUGGAAAAUUUUACCUGCAAAAGUAGCUGAAAUAAUGGAGGAACUCAAAGCUGUUGAGGUGUUUCUAAAAAGUGACAGCUUGUGCUUGAUGGAAGGAGAAAGAUUCAAAACACUUCCAACAAUUCCAUCAGCCCAUGUUUUGGCUAUGCAUGUGCAACAACUUGAAACUGGAGGAUUCACAAUGACAAAUGGAGCUCACAAGUGGACUAAACUUAGAAAUAUUGCAAAAGUUGUGAGUCAAGUUCAUGCAUUUCAAGAGAAUCCUUAUACAUAUACACCAGAUUUCAAGCUGCAGUCUUACCUCAGACAAAGAAUAACUCGUUUUAAAGAUGCAGACAUUUCUGCCUUGGCAGCUGACAACUGUGCCAACUUCCAUCAGAUACCAGCAGAAAAACAUUCUCGAAAAAUUCAGGACACACUGCGCAGAAUGAAGGCAACAUUUCAGUAA